GGAGACAGACGCACAGCGAGGACACACAGACGCUGCACAGCGAGGACACACAGACGCUGCACAGCAGAGACUCUGGUCAGCCAGGUGAAGACGAAGAUGAAGAGUGAGCUGAUUUAUGUUUCCAUGCUGACAGUGAUGUCAGCAUUGCUGGUCACAAAUUCAGCUAAACCUGAAAAAGCAUGGAGAUGGACAACAGCAUCACCCAGAACAAAUUUACAGGGGAAGAUGUUCACUUUGUCUGCGAACAGAGGAGGAAUAUCCUUCUAUCCACCCUAUUUUUCUCCUUCCCCUUCCUCUUGGCCUGCUACUUGGUCUUACCCAUCACCCACCACCCGAGCCCUCUACCCCACCAGCAAUACACCUUACUACCCCACCAAACCCACCACCACCCGAGCCUACUACCCCACCAGCAAUACACCUUACUACCCCACCAAACCCACCACCACCCGAGCCUACUACCCCACCAGCAAUACACCUUACUACCACACCAAACCCACCACCACCCGAGCCUACUACCCCACCAGGAAACCACCUUACUACACCACCACCAACUAUCCCUGGACCACACCUCCUCCUACUAGAAGUGUGUCUGUGUGUCUGCGUUACUUGGUCGACUACACUUACUCACUCUUCACGCUCAGUCCAGCCAGCAGAAACGCUCUGCAGGUGGGACUCAGUGGUGGUGGGUAUCAGUUGAACACUAAAUACAGUUACCAAAACCUGUACCUGCGACCUAACAUAAAGAUCUGGUCAAACAUUGGACCGGACUUCUGGACCAGAGUCUGCUUCAUCGUGGACUCCGUGAAUAAUGUGGCCCAGGUCUUCAACGGAUCCAACAUGAGCAUCAGAAAGAUGCUGCCUUUUCAGUAUGCCUGGUCAGGUGAGCCUGUGAUUGAGUUUUCAGGUUUUGAUGGUCAGGUGACGGACAUCCAGGUGUGGGAUUAUCCUCUCCGCUACAGAGAAGUGUUCAGCUAUAUGACCGGCGGUGUUUACACGCCGUACCAUGGCUCCGUCCUCACCUGGUCCUACCUCAGCUACACCUCCAGAGGAAAAGUACUGUUGGAGGACGCCUAUGAGCAGCAGGCAAGACAGCCAAUCAGCAGCAGCGAGGAGAGGAGAAGGUAUCGACCCAAGGGAGAGAAGAAGAAGACGAAGAAGUACAUGAGUAUCUCUGAGAGUAAGACAGAGCAGCUUUAAUGAAACACGCAGGGGCAUGUGUAUGAAAAGCUGCAUCCUCUCCAGAAUACUUCAUACAGCAACUAUUAAUCAGAAAUAUAAAAUUCAAACUACUGCUGCUUACUGGUUUGAUGAAAAUAUAUAACUACCAUUUAUGUGCAAGAUUGUAAUGCUAACAGAAUAAAACGCAAUAAGAUCAUUCUUUAAAUUUUUACUGAUAUUUUUGACUUUAUAUUGUUUUAUAUGUGUUUUGCUUUCUGAAUUUUGUAUGUUUUAAAAAAAAAUAAAGAGUUCUUAUUUGUAUCGUAUCUGAGAGAAAUGAGAAGAUGGAUAUCUGUUUCAUUAGAGGUUGAUGACAUCACACUUGACUUUCCGAGUAAAAAAACCUUUCAACUCAA